AUGGCAGUGGGUAAAGUAAUCUUCACCAAGAUAGAGAGGGAAAAGUUGGCCGAGGUCCUUUGGCUGCUCAAUUGGAUCUCUGUGGUGACAGGAGCUAUCCUCUUUGGCCUGGGCUUGUUCCUCAAAGUGGAGAUUCAAAAGUGGCAGGAAGUGAUGUCAGAGCAAGGGAUUCACUAUGUGCCGUACAUGCUGAUCACCACGGGCCUCGCCGCCUGUGGCAUCAACUUCCUCGGUGGUCAGAUCUGCCUGGACUGCACCGACACAAAUAAGUUCCUACGCUGGAAGCUGGUGAUGAUGCCCUACGUCAUCUGCACCUUCUUCUUCACCGCCUGCGUCCUGGUGGGGGCGCUCAUGUGCUACAGCGUCCGCAGCCAGCUGGAGGAGUCUCUGCACUUGGGCUUGAGGAACACCAUGCUCUAUUAUAAGGACACAGACACGCCAGGACGCUGCUACCUGAAGAGAACUUUGGACCUGCUACAGAUCCAGUUCGAGUGCUGUGGGAAUACCGGCUAUCAGGACUGGUUCCAGAUCCAGUGGAUCAGCAGCCGCUACCUGGACAUGACCAGUAGUGCUGUCGUAGACCGUCUGAGGAGUAACGUGGAGGGGAAGUACCUGAUGGACGGCGUUCCCUUCAGCUGCUGCAGCACCCUCUCCCCUCGGCCCUGCAUCCAGCAGCAGCUCAGCAACCCCUCGGCCCACUUCAACUACGAUGAGCAGGACCGGCAGCUGAACCUGUGGAGGAGAGGCUGCCGACAGGCUCUACUGGACCACUACACUGGCAUCAUGCAGUCUAUCGGCCUCACCGUGCUCCUCAUCUGGCUCUUUGAGCUCUUAGUUCUGACUGGAGUGCGGUACCUGCAGACAGCCAUGGAGAACGUUCUCCGUCUGGGAGAUCCCGAGUCGGAAUCAGAGGGUUGGAUUCUGGAGAACAGUCUGGCAGAAACGGCCCGAUCCAACUUUAACAUCAUAAAGAACCUGGGAAAGUGUUACCAGGUGGACGACGAUCCGAACAUCAACAUCCCAACGGCUGCUGCAGAGCAGGAGGUACCAUCCCAGCAGGUCCCGGUGACCAGCUAGCAUCUGAACUA